CACCCUACAUAAACUCAUCAGCCUUGCCUCUACACUUUUCAUACUCCCUCUAUAUCAUCGAUCAUAAACCUGUAACCCCAUUUUCCCAAUCCAUAAUUCAUUAAACCCAAGCAGAAAAAAAAAAUGCCUUCGGGUCCAAAGAAAAGAAGAGCAGCCAGGAAUAAGCUCAACACAUCAUCAUCAUCAUCAACUCCCAAUCCUAUUGUUUCCACCAACAUUAAUCCUGAUGAUAAUGAGGUGAUCCCCAAGGUUAUGGAACAUGGAUCUAAGGAUGUUGUUGAGUUUGUCAAAGAGAUGAAAGAAGAUCAACAUGUGCUCAUGGUGGAGCGUGACAACGUUGUUGUUGGGGCUGCUUCUGGUGGCGGCAGUGUGGUGGAAGAUGAUAGUACUAAUAACAAUAAUGGCGCAAAGGGAAGCCAAACCGCUGGAGCUCAAAAGGGGGACAACGAAGGAGGCGUUUCGUCUGUGGUGGCUGCCGCUGCGGUUGAGGCGGAGGAGGAUAAUGCGGCGUCGUUUGAUGUGAAGAAGGCGACGCUUGGUGUGUUCAAAGAUGAAUGCCCUCUUAAAGAAUAUCAUGGAGAGAUGAAUCAGAUGAUCCCCAAGGUUGCCGAAUCUUCUCUUGAGAUUCCACAGGAUGAUGCUCAUAAUGAUUCAAACAAUACUACCGUGGUGCCUGAUGAUGAACAAGUUGCAGUCGAUGGUGAUUGUGUGGAUGACGAUGAUUAUAAUGGGGUGAAGGGAAACGAAAUCGUUCCCAUAGAAUGUGUUUUUGAGGUUGGUGCUGUUGAGGACAAGGGCACGUUUCGUUCGAAGAACGAAGAUUCGGGUUUUAGUGUGGUGAAGGAGAUGCUUUGUGCUGGGUUCAAAGACGAGCGCGCAUUUGAAGAGUACUUUGGGAAAGUGCUGGCUUUGGUUGAUGAUUUUGAUGAUGGUGAAGAUGCAACUUCUGCUAUGUGGAGGCAGCAGCAGUUUAAGGCUCUUUUGCUCUUGCACAAAGAUCUCAUCAAGAAGGGUGCUCUUAAUUAGUUUCUGAUCUUAUCUAAUUAAUUAAUUAAUCUCCUUUUG